UCGCAGGCGCGCGCCCGGCCAUGGUUUCCCUGGAGACCGUGCUCUGGACCGUGCUCCACGCGCGCACCCUCCUGCUGGGCGCUGUGGCCUUCCUGUUCUUUGCUUAUUUCUUCAGAAAGCGGCGCCCCAAGAACUGCCCACCCGGGCCCUGGAGCCUGGCCCUCCUGGGAAACUUCUUCCAGGUGGAUUUUGAGAAGGUGCUCCUGCAGAUGCAGCAGCUGGUGAAGAAAUAUGGGAAUGUUAUUGGCCUGGAGUUCGUUGGUUUUUACUCAGUAAUUAUAACUGGAUUGCCCUUGAUCAAAGAAGCCCUUGUCGAACAGGGUCAUCACUUUAUGAAUCGCCCUGUGACCCCUCUCCGCAAUCGCAUCUUUAAGGAAAAUGGACUGCUCAUGUCCAGUGGCCAGACAUGGAAGGAGCAAAGAAGGUUUACCCUGACAACACUAAGGAACUUCGGUUUAGGAAAGAAGAGUUUAGAGGAACGUAUUCAAGAGGAGGCCUACUACCUUAUCCAACUGAUAAAAGAGGAGAAUGGAAAGCCAUUUGACCCUCAUUUCAAGAUCAACAAUGCAGUUUCCAAUAUCAUUUGUUCUAUCAACUUUGGGGAACGCUUUGAGUACCAGGAUGAAAAGUUCCAAGGACUUCUAAAGAUGUUGGAUGAAGUUGUAUGGCUGGAAGCUUCGGCAUGGUGUCAGUUCUAUAAUAUUUUUCCAACAUUAAUAAAUUUAUUACCUGGACCCCAUCAAACGCUCUUUAAUGACUGGGAAAACUUGAAAUUGUUUGUUGCUGAGAUGAUUAAAAACCACAAGAGAGAUUGGAAUCCUGAUGAACCAAGAGACUUUAUUGAUGCUUAUCUCAAGGAAAUAGAAAUGCAUAAAAGUGAAACCUCUUCCAGUUUCGAUGAAGAAAAUCUCAUCUUCACCACCCUGGACCUCUUCUUUGCUGGCACUGAGACAACUUCAACUACACUGCGCUGGGCUCUGCUCUACAUGGCCCUCUACCCAGACAUCCAAGAAAAAGUACAUGCUGAGAUCGACAGAGUGAUUGGCCAGACGCAGCAGCCAAGCAUGGCCCUUCGAGAGUCCAUGCCCUACACCCAUGCAGUGGUCCACGAGGUGCAAAGAAUGGGAAACAUCAUCCCAUGGAAUGUACCCAGGGCAGUGGCAGCAGACACCACCCUGAAUGGGUACCACAUUCCCAAGGGGACUGCGGUCUUAACCAAUCUGACAGCUCUUCACAGAGACCCUGCAAAGUGGGCCACCCCAGACACAUUCAAUCCGGAACAUUUUCUAGAGAAUGGACAGUUUAAGAAGAGGGAAGACUUCCUGCCUUUCUCCAUAGGAAAGCGGGCGUGCCUCGGAGAACAGCUGGCCAGGACUGAGUUGUUUGUUUUCUUCACUUCGCUCAUGCAGAAGUUUACCUUCAGGCCCCCAGACAACGAGCAGCUGAGCCAGAAGUUCAGGAUGGGCCUCACCGUUGCCCCUGUCAAAUACCGAAUAUGUGCUCUCCCCAGGGUCUAAGGGUCUAGGGGCUCUGGGAAGGGGUGACCUCGGAAGGCGUGUGUCUGCUCAGAAGCCGGAGCCACAAUGAAAGUGGUCCCUGAAGGAAGAUGGGGAAAGUGGACUCAGAGGAUCCCCACACCUCCAAUCCCAGGUCUUCUAGAUCCCUGAUUAGGGCAGCCAUGAAUGAUUUCUCUUUUUUCACGGGAGAUGAAAGGGGACCAUGGUUCUCUAAUGAAGAAUUAAAGGAGGACCCUCUUGGGGUGGGAGAUGAGGCUGAGAGUAGACUAUAGACAGAACAUGAUGGCCACUUAAUACCUCUGUUUCAAACUACCACACCCAAAAGGAGAGAGAGAGCAAAAGGGAAU